GGAGGAAGAAGAGGCUGAAAGGAAACGGGCACGGUCCCCGUGGUGUGAUUCUAUGAGUCAGCUGAUGAGGAAGUUGGAUCAGCUCAAUCUGGACAUACAGGAAGCACUCAGUGCUGCUAGCUCCUCCCACUCUGACAACGACCAACCAGAAACACAACAACCAGAACUGAGUGCUCCUGCACUGGGAAGGAUGAUAAGCAGAGGCCUGGUCCACGACCACAAUACCUCCAGGCCUUCAAACAGACCCCCAGAGAGCAGCGUGUCCAGCUCCAGACGACGUUCUCGUCCCCUGGCCCGCAGCAGACCCCUGAUCCGCUCCUCCCUACACUCCCCCUCACACCUCCACUACAGACGGAGAACCGGUGAAAACAGGAUGACCAGCCAAUCAGAAGAGAUCGAGGCCAAGGAGGCUUGUGAUUGGCUGAGGGCUGCAGGGUUCCCACAGUAUGCCCAGCUCUACGAAGACUCCCAGUUUCCUAUAGAUAUCUUGUCAGUGAAGAGGGACCAUGACUUCUUGGACAGGGACCUGGUGGAACCUCUGUGUCGACGUCUUAACACUCUGAACAAGUGUUGCUCCAUGAAACUAGACGUCAGCCACCCCAGGAAGAAAACUGAUGAUUCAGACGACGAUGACCCGCUAGCCAUCAGUAAGAGAUGGACCUUUGAAUGGAACAGCCGGCGCUGGUCCCGCCUCCAGGACAUGCACUUCCUGCUGGGCUCGCCCAAUGAGAACAGUCCUGAGGGGUGCCAGGGGGAGGGGCGACUGAGGAGCACGGUGAGCAGUGAGAGCGUCCUGACGGACCUGAGCGAACCAGAGAUCACGGAUAUAUCCUCUCUGCACAGUCAAGACUCUCUGGGAGCCAUGCUUCCUGACUCUGUCUCUAUGGUCUCACUGGCAGGACCCUACCAGCCCCCAAGAGACCUGUCCCACUACAACUCUCUACCAAUCAAAAGCAGCCGUCACGGCCAGGGAGGGCGGAGUCCGGCAAAGGCCUUCCUGCGUCGCAUGGAGAUGAUGCGUACCUGGGGGCCGUCCUCCAAGAGGAAGUCAGGAAGUGGGCGGGCGCCGCUCGUCAUCAGUGGGCCGGUCCUACAUGGGGAGGAGCCCCAGGCAUUACAGAUGCUCCACUGUGUUCCCAUCAAUCAAUCAGAGGACAGUCUUCAUCCUCCCCACCAAUCAGAUGACAACUCGUCCCCUAUCGCCCUUGGUAAUGGCAGCAAGGGCCAAUCGGUGACGAGCGGUGUGAGUUCCAUGCGUCCCUGUGUGAAGGAGUCUGUCUCCAAGCCUAAAAGAGGAAGUAUGUACCUGGAAGACAUGGAGCUGCUCUCUGGCGCCCCCCAUGUUCGGAGGACUGAAGCACAACAGAGCCCGUUCAGCAGGAACCACUUCCGUUCAUACGAGGACCUGCUGGUUCACAUCCCCAAGAACCACAAACCAGGCACCUUCCCCAAAGCCUUGUCUAUAGAGAGUCUAGCCACAGCCACCAACCACCAGUACAAGACCCCUUCUCCCUCCCCACUCAACCCCAGCAAAGGCUCCCCCUGGACGGGUACGGUUCUGUCCAAGAAGCCUUCCUGUCCUGGAGCUCCGCGGGGCAGCAGGGUGAGUGUGUAUGACAACGUCCCCGGGUCUCACCUGUACGCGUCCACAGGUGACCUGCUGGAUGUGGACCGAGACGAUCACCUGUUCCCCCACCUGGAUGACAUCAUCAGUCACGUCAGCGGCCUGCAGCAGAUUGUAGACCACUGGAGUCGCAGCAUGCUGACGGAGGGUGGGGUGGGGGAGGAGGGGGAGAGGACCACGCCCAGUGAGGGGGAGGGAGAGGGGAGGACCACGCCCAGUGAGGGGGAGGGAGAGGGGAGGACCAUGCCCAGUGAGGGAGAGAGAGACGGGGUCUCCCUGAUUGACAUAGAGUCUACAGGGACCAGAGAGAGGAGAGACUCUGGAGUAGGAGCUUCCCUUACCAGACCACGGUGAGUUCUGCGGUGGCCGAGCUUCCGCCUCUCUGAAAAUCUGCGCCAAUCAGGCUCCGCGCUGCAGAUCAGUAGCCAAUCAGCAGGCCAGCUCAGCCUGCUCCAGAAGUUCUCUCUGCUCCGACUCACAGCCAUCAUGGAGAAUUACUCCAUGUCUAACAAACACGGCUGGACCUGGUCUGUCCCUAAGUUUAUGAAGCGUUUGAAGGUCCCUGACUACAAGGAGAGAAGUGUGUUUGGUGUUCCUCUCAUCGUUCACACACAGCGCUGUGGUUACCCUCUACCUCUUUGUCUACAGCAGGCCCUGAGACAUCUCAGGACGCACUGUCUUGACCAGGUGGGUCUGUUCCGUAAAUCUGGUGUGAAGUCUCGUAUCCAGGCGUUGAGACAGGAGUGUGAGACCAGUCCUGACAGUGUGUGUUACGAGGACCAGUCAGCGUACGACGUAGCAGACAUGGUUAAACAGUUCUUCAGAGACCUUCCUGAACCUCUACUGACCAGCAAGCUGGGAGAGACCUUCCUACACAUCUACCAGUAUGUCCCUAAGGAGCAGAGGUUGCAGGCCGUGAGGGCGGCCAUCUUGCUGAUGUCAGACGAGAACAGGGAAGUGCUCCAGACGCUGCUCUGCUUCCUGCGUGAUGUCACUUCCUGUGUAGAGGAGAACCAGAUGACCCCUAUGAACCUGGCUGUGUGUCUGGGCCCCUCCCUGUUCCACCUCAACAUACUGAAGAAUGACAACCUGUCCCCCAGGUCGAUCCAGAAGAAGUACGCUACGGGCCGUCCGGACCAGAAGGACCUGAGUGAGAACCUUGCCGCCACACAGGGCCUGGCUCACAUGAUCACUGAGUGCCAGCACCUGUUUGAGAUCCCACAGGACAUGGUAAGCCGGUCCCAUAACUCCUACAUGGAGGCUGAGUUACUAGCGCCCCCUCUGGACGAGCUGCGUAAGACACAUGACGAGGAGGACGAGGAAGAGGAGGAGGAGGAGGAGGAAGGAUCCUACCACACACACAUGGAGGGGCUGGUCCAGGGACUGCUAAAAGAGGCCAGAGACAACAGCAAAGGAUGGGUAUCCCGGGCUACCACUGACCACACUGAACUGGCCUGCAAAAAGGUGGGUGAUGGUAACCCACUGCGGCGGUGGCGUGUGUGUGUGGAGGUGUGUGCGAAGCCCAGUGAGGUGUUGGAGAGGCUGCUGCGGGAGCGCCCCCUGUGGCAGACAGGCGUACUGCAGGAGAAGGUUGUGGUUACCCUGGGCAGACAGACAGACAUCUACCAGUACAGCUUGCAGAGCAUGGCCCCACACCCCAACACUGACUACGUAGUACUGAGGUCGUGGCGUAGCAGCAUUUCUAAGGGUUGCUGUGUGCUGGUGUGUGUAUCAGUGGACUAUGAGGACAGUCCAGCCAUGGUAUCAGUCAGAGGAGUGAUUCUAGAAUCACAGUACCUUCUAGAACCCCACGGAACCGGGAAGUCCCGACUCACACACAUCUGCAGAGUCGAUCUGAAGGGCAGGUCUCCAGAGUGGUACAACAAGGUGUUUGGUCACCUGUGUGUCUCUGAGGCCCAGAGGAUCCGUUCCUCCUUCCUCCCUCCAGACCCCCCAGGCACCGAGACCAAGAUCUGAAUCCCAGGACCAGGGCAUGAGGCUGGGCUACACCGCCAGGGAGCACGGCCCCAAGGACCAGAAGACCAGAGAGAAGUUGCUGUAAAAAAACGCAGGAGAACAGGACGGCUAGAACCGUGGACUUUCGAAGCUUGGACCUAGAUUCAUGGACCUAGAAACUUGAACAAAAGGGCUAGUUCCAUGGACCUAGAACCAGGGAACCUAGAACCAGGGAACCGGGGAAGCAGGAGGGAAGACUAGUUUGACCUAUAACUAGGAACCAGGGUUCUGGAUGCAGCGACCUAGAACCAGGGAACAACGACUGGUGAUAUAAAAUGUAGAACCAGGAAAUAUGGAACAAUCUAUCAGGGAUUCUUAAACUAUUUCAGAAAUUGACUGUCCUCCCAUGACCCAAAUCGUCCUCCAACGACCCAAGUUAAGAAGAAAUAGUGUGUGAUGAUAGAUGUAUUCUUAUAACUCACGACCCACCUCUCACAUGCCCAGGGACCCACUUUGGGUACCGACCCAUAGCUUAAGAAACCCUUCUCUAAACCUUGGAACCAGAGAUUUGGAACAAUCUAAUGUAGAACCAGUGACACUGAACAAUAUUGAACUUGGAACAAGGGAUACGGAACGAUCUAGAACUUUGAACCAGUGACACUGAAUAAUCUAGAAUUCAGAACCAGGAAUAUGGAAUGUUCUAGAUUGAACUUGAAGACAGAUCUGGGCCCAGAUUCACAAAACAAAGAAGCUGCUUAAGAAAAAAAAAAAAGAAGUUCAUAAGAUAGUGCAAUUCCUCCACAAUAUUUUAAGAUUUAAUAAUUAUCUUACGAACUCCUCAAAUAUCUUCAUACAAAACUUCUUAAAAUGUUUUUUGCUAUUCAACCGAUUUAGCUAGCUAUCUAGCUAACAACGGUAAUCAUGUUAGCAUAUUUCCUACUGAGAUUACUGUUCUUCAACAUGUUCUUUGGUUUAAAAUAAUCAAUACUGAAACUUUCAGAUGAAGUUUGUGAAUGAAUUCAACAGGUUCAAUUGCUUUCAUGAGAUUUUUCUCUCACUGCCCAGAGUUUAAGACGAGGGUUUAGCUAUCUUGGAAUUAAGAACAUUUCCUAAAACAUCCCAAAACUGUAUUUUCAAGAGUCUAAUUUCUUCUUAACUUUUUUGCUUCAGGAGAAAAAAUAAUAAUAAUACCCGUAACAUUUCUAAUAAACUUUUUGAGAAAUAUCAACUUUGCUUAACUUUCUUCAUAAGUUUACAGUUAAGGGGGAAAAAUGCCAGUUGAAAGGUCAUUUCUUCUUAAAGAAGAUUUUGUGAAUCUGGGUCCCUGGUUCCUAAAGCUUUAGCUCUGCUCUCAGCAUCACUGUCAGUUUAAACUACUACUAUUAUUAUUAUAAUAAUUAUUAUUAUUACUUCAUUCAUCUUUAUUGUCUGCGUUAAUUAUAUUAUUAUUGUAUUAUUGUUAUUUUAAUAUUAUGACCUCAUCGUUGUUGUUGUAUAAUCGUUGCUUUUUAAAAUAUGUUUUAUCCUGUUAUACAAUGUCUAGGACAUUUAACCAUUUCACUGCUUCUGGGAAGCGUGCGUGUGUGCGUGCGUGUGUGCGUGCGUGCGUGUGCGUGUGUGUGCGUGUGUGCGUGCGUGUGUGCGUGCGUGCGUGCGUGCGUGCGUGCGUGUGUGUGUGUGCUAGUCUGUACACACAGUGUAAAUAAGUGAUGCUCUCUGUACCAGUAGAUUAAAAUAUAUCUCAUUGCCCAUCAGGACUUUAUCAUAUUGAUAUGCUGAUGUUAUGGUCAUUUCACAUGUCCUAAAGCAAUACAGUAACUAUCUAAUGUAUUAUAAUAUAACUGUACCACGCCGUUACCGUGAGGUCACUAAGCUGUUGUAUAAUGCUGUACUGUAUUGCCAUUGCAGUGCCAUCGCCAUGACGAUACCAUGGUGUUAGGUUGCUGUAGGGUUGACUUGGUGUUGCUGUAGGAUCACCAUGGUAAUUGCCACGGCGUUACUAUGGUGCCGCUAAACCGUAACGUUGCUAUGGUGUUGCUACAGUACCGCCAUGCUCUGUGAGUGCUGUUUGCAUGGGAACAGUGUACUUGAUUCUGACGUGAGCCAUAGGGGAUUAUGGGUAAAUGUGAGGAGAUAGCUGAGGAGAUUAGAGGAGGACAGAGUGGCUGACACCAGGCUUUAACUUAGUCUGGUCCCAGGCCUGUUUAUGAUUUCAGAGGACAACAGGGUGGCUGACACCAGGCUUUAACCUAGUCUGGUCCCAGGCCUGUUUAUGCUGUUAGAGGACAACAGGGUGGCUGACACCAGGUUUUAACCUAGUCUGGUCCCAGGCCUGUUUAUGCUGUUAGAGGACAACAGGGUGGCUGACACCAGGUUUUAACCUAGUCUGGUCCCAGGCCUGUUUAUGCUGUCAUGACAACUCCUUGUUGCCAUUGUCCUCCGCCAGGUGGCUUCAUUCCUAGACGACAUGCAGUCCUCAAUCAGUCAAUGCAGACAGAAUCAUAACGCUAUCUGAUGUAAGACAAUGCCUUGUCGGAGACGGCACAACCUUUUCUGGAACCAGGCUAAGGUCAAUGUCAACAGGACCAGACCUGGAACCAGGCUAAGGUCAAUGACGGGACCAGUUCUGGAGCCAGGUUUAUGACAACAGGGCCAGUUCUGGAACCAGGUUUAUGACAACAGGGCCAGAUCUGGUACCAGGUUUAUGUCAACAGGGCCAGAUCUGGUACCAGGUUUAUGUCAACAGGGCCAGAUCUGGUACCAGGUUUAUGUCAACAGGGCCAGAUCUGGUACCAGGUUUAUGUCAACAGGGCCAGAUCUGGUACCAGGUUUAUGACAACAGGGCCAGAUCUGGUACCAGGUUUAUGUCAACAGGGCCAGAUCUGUUCCUGUUGGUCUGGAACCAGGUUUAUGUCAACAGAUCUGGUACCAGGCUAAGGUAAAUGACAACAGGACCAGGUCUGGUACCAGGUGUAUGUCAACAGGACCAGUUCUGGAACAAGGUUUAGGUCAACAGGACCAGUUCUGGAACCAGGUUUAGGUCAACAGGACCAGUUCUGGAACAAGGUUUAUUUAGGUCAACAGGGUGGAAGAUACAAGGCUGUUUGUUUCUUCAGGGGAGAAUAAAACUUCAAAAAAAUGCAA